GCCUCGGCGCUGGCGAAGGUGCAGGCGGGCUGUGGGGUCUCACGAUGUUGGGGAGCGUGGCUCCCCUGCGCGCUGGCAGCGGUAGGCAGCCCCGCCAGCAUGUCGGGGCCGUGGGGACUUUGCCGCAGAGGCUCCCACUCAGCGCCCGCACCAGGACCGGGUGGCAGCCUGUGCCCAACAUCACCAGGCGCCUCCGUGCGAAUACAAUGGAGGCUCCCAGCAGGACCACAACCAGCCCGACCCGCAGGGUGCAGACCAUCAUCCAGAACAGCCCCCUGGACCUGAUAGACACAGGCAAAGGGCUGAAGGUGCAGACAGAAAAGCCGCACUUGGUGAGCCUGGGCAGUGGCCGCCUGAGCACAGCUAUCACACUGCUGCCGCUGGAGGAAGGGAGGACUAUGAUUGGCACGGCUGCGAAGGACAUCGUCCUGCAGGGCCCGGGGCUGGCGCCUGAGCACUGCUACAUCGAGAACGUGCGAGGGACGCUCACCCUGCACCCCUGCGGCAACGCCUGCACCAUCGACGGUGUGACGAUCCAGCGGCCCACGCGCCUCACUCAAGGGUGCACCAUCUGCCUGGGCCAGGCGACCUUCCUCCGCUUCAACCACCCUGCUGAGGCCAAGUGGAUGAAGAGCAUGAUCCCAGCAGGAGGCAGGAGCCCUGCGGCUCUAUAUGGACUACCAGCAAAGCCCGAGGCCAUGGUGAAUGGCAGCCGCCAACUGCCCGCGCGGGAGCCCAGCCACAGCUCCCUGGUGAGCUCAAUCGAGAAGGACUUGCAGGACAUCAUGGACUCGCUGGUGCUGGAGGAUCCCGUGUCCUCCAGCAAGAAGCCGCCCUCCCGCGGACAGUCCCCGCACUGCCCCAUGGUGAACGGGGGUGGGCGCUGCCUCCUGUCCCCCCCACUGAGCCCCGGUGCCGCCUCGGGGGGCUCCAGCUACGAGAACGCCUCGCCGCCCUUCUCCCCGCUGUCCUCGCCCGCCAGCAGCGGAGGCUACACCAGCCACUCGCCCAGCAGCCAGGAGCAGGGCCCGCCCGUGCCCCCCGUGGUGCCACUCCGCUCCUCCAGCUACAACCACGCCGUGCAGCCCCCUCCGCAGCGCCCACCGCCGCCGCCCUACGGGGGCCCCAGUGACGCUCGGCCGGCGGAGAGCCCCCGCGCCUGGCGGGGUGCCUUGGACAGCCCCGCGGUCCCGCACCCCCUCGGGGAGCACAGGGCGGGCAGUCCCCGCGCCCAGCCGCCCGGCAGCCCCCGGGCAGCCCCCCGGACAUUGGGCUCCUCGGUGCCGCGGGUGCGGGCGGCCCUGCAGGAGCGGCCGCCCAGCCCCUUCCGAGAGCCGAGGGACCCCCCCGCUCCCGGCCGGCAGCCCGCACCCAGGCAUCUCCCGGACGCCGUGGGGUCGGCGCACGGCAGCCAGAGCGGCCGUGGGCUGCAGCCCCCCGAGAGCCCGCGGGCAGCUCGGAGGAACGUGGAGAGCAUGCGGGAGCUGCCGCCCCUCAGCCCGUCCUUGUCACGUCGAGCCGCCAGCCCCCGGGCGGCCCCGGAUGCCCCGUCCCCGCAGCCCCGGCUGGGCAGGGAGGUCCCUGGAAGCCCCCGAACCAGGCGCAAGGGCCACGAGGAGCCGAGCCCCGCGGGCGGCAGGAACAGCCGAGCCGGGAGCCCCUCGUCCCCGCUGUCGACGGAGCCGUCCACGCGCCGGCCCAGUUUCAGCUCGUGCCUGAGUCCCGCACACAGCCUGGGCUCCCUGGCCGUGCCCUCCCCCCGGCAGAGCCCCCGCGCCCAGAGGAAGCUUUCGGGGGACGUGCGGCUGCCGGCGGGUGUGCGGGAGCGUAAGAACAGCAUCACCGAGAUCAGCGACAACGAGGACGAUCUGCUGGAAUACCACCGGCGGCAGCGCGAGGAGCGGAUGCGGGAGCAGGAGAUGGAGCGCCUGGAGCGGCAGCGCCUGGAGACCAUCCUGAACCUCUGUGCUGAGUACACCAAGACGGAUGGCUCUGAGCUGCUGCCUGGCCAUGUGGAUGCUGGCCGGCGGGCACCGAGGAGCACAGCAGGGCUGGGCCGUGCUGCAGAGGAGCUGGGUGUGCUGCGGCAGAGGGAGAGCCUGGAGAGGUCAGAUGAAGAGAACCUGAAGGAGGAGUGCAGCAGCACCGAGAGCACACACCACGAGCAUGAGGAGCUGUCAGGCCCCCGUGCCAAGGAGGCACACCGGCUGGAAGAGGAGCGAGCCUGCGUGUUCAGCCGCCUGGAUGAGCUGAAAGGCCGCGUCAAGGAGCUGGAGCAGCAGCUGCAGGAGACAUCACAAGAGGCAGAGAUGGAGAGGGCACUGCUGCAGGGCGAGCGGGAGUCAGAGGUGGCACGGCUGCAGCAGGAGCAGGAGGUGGUGCAGCAGCUGCAGGAGAAGCUCUCCAGCCUGGACGCCAGCAUCCGGAAGGAGCGGGACAAGGAAAGGGCAAAGGUUGAUGCUGAAAGGAAGGAGCUAGAGAAACUCCGGGCGCUUUACAAUGAGUCGAAGAGCCAGCUUGAUAACUGCCCUGAGUCAAUGCGGGAGCAGUUGCGGGAGCAGAUGCGAAGGGACGCAGAGGCCCUGGAGAUGGAAACCAAGCUCUUUGAGGACCUGGAGUUCCAGCAGCUGGAAAGGGAGAGCCGGCUGGAAGAAGAGCGUGAGACGCGGAGCCAGCAGCUCCUGCAGAGCAGGGCCGAGUACCACCGCAGCAUCGCCCGCAGGAAGGAGCGGGUGGCUGCGCUGGAUGCUCAGGCUGCCCAGAUCCGGCUGCAGAGUGCCCAGGAGGCCGAACGCCUGGCCCAGGAGAGGAACGACAUCCUGCGGCUCCUUCAGAAGGAGAAGGAGAAGCUUGCUUCUCUGGAGAGACGGUACCAGCUUGUCACAGGUGGCAGGAGCUUCCCCAAGAUGUCCUCAGCUCUCAAAGAGGAAACCCUCCAUAUUUCAGAGCCUUAUGAGCUGCUGGAGGGAACUAAACCCCUGAGUCCCCCAGUAGGAGCAGCUGCCUCCUUAGCUUCUCCUUCUGCCCACUCCUACCCCAAGAUGCAAGAGGAGUACAUGAGGCUGUCUGACGUUUUCAGGUUCUACAGCAAUGCAUACGGCUCCAGCCUGGACACUAAAGCUUCUGCUGCUGCUCCCGCUGCUGCUCAACGCUCUUUCUUGCUUGCUGUGCCCCCUGCAGCCAACGAGUACGUGACCAUUGAGCAGCUCUCAGGGAUCCUGGGCAGUGUCAGUGCCCCUGCUGGAUCCCCACUGGGCCGAGCCCCUCCAGCUCCUUCGUCCUCAGGCUGUGCUCCUCUUCCUCCUCUGCCGGCUCUCUCUCCUCCCUCCAUCUCUUCAGAGAUGGAGAAGCAGCUUCCAGGGGGCCCAGUAAGGCUCCCGGCUCUUGAUUUAGAGAAGUGGUACCAGCAGGUCAUGGCUGGCUUUGAGACCUCCUCCCCUGUCUCUCCUCCUUCUUCCCCUCCUCCACUUCCAGCUAAAACUCACUCUUCUCAAAAGCCUCUCCAGGUCUAUCGUGCCAAAAUGGAGGGUGACAGUGGUGCCCUCACCCCUCGGAUGAAGAGUGGCACCCCGUCAUCCUCACAGCUCAACAUCUCCGUGCUGGGCCGCAGCCCCUCACCCAAGGGUCCCCUGCAUGCCCCAAGCCAUGCAGGCAGCCUGCCACGCAACCUGGCAGCCACACUGCAGGACAUCGAGACCAAGCGCCAGCUGGCCCUGCAGCAGAAGGCCGACCCGCUCCCAGCAGAGCCCUUGCAGACAGGCGAUGUACCAGGUCAGCAGGUGAUUGAGGAGCAGAAGCGGCGCCUGGCAGAGCUGAAGCAGAAAGCAGCAGCUGAGGCUCAGUCACAGUGGGAAGCCUUGCACGGGCAGAACCCCUUCCCCCCCUCCUACCCUCCUCUCAUGCAUCACUCCAUCCUCCAUCACCACCACGCCCACGGUGCAGGCCCACGGGCCGAGGAGCUGGACCACGCAUAUGACACCCUCAGCCUGGAGAGCUCGGACAGCAUGGAGACCAGCAUCUCCACAGGCAACAACUCAGCCUGCUCGCCUGAUAACAUGUCCAGCACAAGCGGGAUGGACACAGGGAAGAUAGAGGAGAUGGAAAAGAUGCUGAAGGAGGCACAUGCUGAGAAGUCCCGGCUCAUGGAGUCCCGGGAGCGGGAGAUAGAGCUGCGCCGGCAGGCGCUGGAGGACGAGCGGCGGCGCCGGGAGCAGCUGGAGCGCCGUCUGCAGGACGAGACGGCCCGGCGGCAGAAGCUGGUGGAGAAGGAGGUCAAGAUGCGGGAGAAACACUUCUCGCAGGCUCGGCCCCUGACUCGGUACCUCCCCAUCCGCAAGGAGGAUUUCGACCUGCGGCUGCACAUCGAGUCGUCGGGGCACAGCGUGGACACGUGCUACCACGUCAUCCUGACGGAGAAGAUGUGCAAGGGCUACCUGGUCAAGAUGGGCGGCAAGAUCAAGUCCUGGAAGAAGCGCUGGUUCGUCUUUGACCGCAUGAAGCGAACUGUGUCCUACUACGUGGAUAAACACGAGACAAAGCUGAAGGGCGUCAUCUACUUCCAAGCCAUCGAGGAGGUGUACUACGACCACCUGCGCAGUGCUGCCAAGAGCCCCAACCCCGCGCUGACGUUCUGCGUGAAGACCCACGACCGCCUGUACUUCAUGGUGGCCCCGUCGGCCGAGGCCAUGCGCAUCUGGAUGGACGUCAUCGUCACGGGGGCCGAGGGCUACACGCAGUUCAUGAACUGAGGGCCGCGCUGGGGCCGGCCGCGUGGCGCACAGCUCGGCGGGAGCGGACACGGGCGCCAUUUUGGGUUUUUUUAUGUUAACUUUUUAAAAACAAUUUAUUGGAAACGCG